AUGCUGGGCCCAUGCGGAUGGGCGGUACGGCAACCGCCAGAGGGUCCACCGAGAUCUUCCCGACAACAUCGCAGAGGAACUGAAGGCGAAGCUCAAGACCUGGAGCAAGGAGCAGUUCGUCAAAGCACUGGAACAGGAGGUCACCGACGCGGCGCGCACGCCAAGCACGGGCUGGAUGAUGAGGACGACAUCCUCACCUACCACGUCGUUUGCCUCCAUGAGUGGAUGUGCAAAGUACACCCCCAACCGCAGCUCGGCUUGGUACAUGCAGUGCAUCUUUGCAGUGCUGACGGCCAUCACGAUGUCAUCAAAGUGGGGAAAACCACCUUGAUGGCGAGCUCCACGGCUGGACAGGCAUGCUCGGCUCUCCGCCACUGCAUGGAACGCUACCAAUGCUUCCAACACAAGACCACGGAGGCCACUUUGGCGGUCCAAGGGCUGGUGGACGUGUGGUGUGUGCUGCCGCACGACGUGUCGACCCACGCGGAGAUGCUCUUUCAUGCCUGGUGCGAAGUGGCCAGGUACAAGGACACGAGCUGGAUGAGGCCGCAUGGAGCGACGGUUGUGGACGUGCCUCGAUAUGGGCGGGAAGGGAGUACAGUCUCGCAGGAGUUCUUUGACUGGUCGCCGACGAUGUCGAUCUUUCAGUGCUACGACAACGUGGCACUGAGGUGCCCUGCAGCAGUCUACCACACCCAGCACCACGCUCUCGAUGACUGGCGAGUGCGUGUCUGGAACAAGCUCUCGCUCGACUUCGGUGCCGAUGUCAGGCAUUUCUGCAUGUUCUUUCCCAGCAGCAAUGGGAAGCUUUGGUGCAGCCCCGUGGCGCCUGAUGAGGGGCGCAAGAAGCCGCGAUGGACUGCGGCAACUUGGUGUGCGCGUGCCGUCAACUAUCCCAUGCACUUCAUUGAUCUCCGCAAGCUGCCGGCCGGGGCCCGGGCAUGCUUGGAGGAGAAACUCCGAUCCUGCCCAAGGACUGUGCCUGACCCGAAGGGAAAGGGACAGGCCAAGACAAUGGCAAAGGCAAAGCCUGUUGCCGAAAAGCCGAAGGGAAAGGCACGGGCCAAGACGACGGCAAAGGUACUCCUGCAAGCGCUCCUGCCACAACUGUUCACCUUGGCCGGAAACGACUUGGCGGACUGCAUCCGCAAAUCGCCAGGCUGCACUCGGAUGUUUUGCGAGUACGCGAAAGAGUUUGUGAAUGCCAUGCAGAAAGCAAAUGGCGAAAUGCCCCACGAGGACCAGGUCAAGUUGUCGGACAGAUGCUGCAAGCAGAACUCAGUGUACCAGAUCCUCUACCCGGACCCGACGACGAUGUUGGAAAACAUUGACAUCUUGAAAGAGGAUGUGGAGGAAGAUGAGGAAGAAGUUAUAGCUGGUGUCGAAUCGGCCGACAGCUCCGGAUCCAGAUCGAAGGAAACGACGCUGCCGGAGGAGAAGUUCCCAACAGAGAGCUCCAUGUGGCCAAUGCGAGGACACGACAUGUGCCAUCAGAUGUCGAUGGGACUGUCCACCUUCGUUCAAGCAGUGGUCCGCCCUGCUGCAUCAGCAGCAGCCGUGGAGGCGGAUGCGAUGGCAUUGAAGCUGCAGGCGGUCAUCCCCGAGCUUAACGCGCAGAAGGGCUCCCAUGUGGUGCUGAAGCAGCCUCUCGAGCGCGACAGGGCAGAGUCAUCCUGCAUCAGCGUGCUUGCACUCGCCGCGGGUAAGUACGACAUCUUCACGAAGCCACAAGCUCCGGCAGCCAAACUGCGAGCAGAGCAGUGGUAUCAGCUACGCGACAUCAUACGGUGGAUCAGACCGACCGAGGAGCAACUGCAUGCCGUCAUGGUUCUCUUGGCCAUCCGCGCUCUUGGAAAGUCCAAAGCGAUUGUGAACCAGUUGCCGAAGAGUCAAAGGCGGCCAGAGCGCGCCGUUCUGUAUCUCAUGGAGUUCCAUGAGAACGUUGUUCCAUCUUCCACCCGGCUGGACGAAGAUGGGCUGCGGCGAGUCAGGAAGGCACUUGAGGUGCACGAGACCUUCAAUCUGGCGCAGAUGUUGCAGGGCGAGAACAUCCCGGCAAACGUGAACCAGCUGCAGGAGCUGAUACGCGGCUACGCAGAAGAGGGCAUGGAGGUGGCCACGAACAAAUUUAUUGCCGGGGUUUUCCGCUUCUACAUCCUCUUCCUGCUCGGUUUCAUGAGUGGCCUCGCAUCCGGUCACGGGAAUGCAACAAACGCCCCAGCGGUCAUCUCUGGCAUUGGCAUGCUCCAGCACCUGAUGGAUGCGACGGCACGGGGCAUUUAUUGGGGAUUUGCAGCAGCUCGUGACUUCGUGCUGGUCCGCCUGGCGUGUCUCAGCCGGGUGCAGGACGCGCAUGGCUACAAGGAGCUGCGGCGAGCCUGGGACAGCCUGGGUGCAAGAGAACAGUCGUUCCUCGUGCAGCACUUUCUCAGUGAUGGUUUGGAGGAGCGGGCCUUGGUGCUAGAGUUUCUGCCCGCGUGCGUGGCCAAUGCCAAGACCAAUAGCUUGGUGGGCCUUACCAUCCUCCUGGAGGUACUCGUGGAUUUGCUGAGCAAUCUUUGGAUGGCUGUGGAAAGCAUGCCCAAUUUAAAAGGUGUGCAGAUGAUCCCGGUCGAUUUGUCCGACAUGGGCGAGUUCAUCGCCGCGGUGCAGAAUCGGUUCGUCUUCCAGACAUGCGUCUCCAGGUGCAAGUUCCACUUUGUGGAUGAGAGGGUGCGAGUGGAGAUGACGGGCGGCAACUGGGGCCGGACCAACGACCCUGAUACAGACAUGACCAGCUUGGCAUACAUCGUCAAGGUGCGCUUGGCAGCCAAUUGCUGCAGAAGUGUGCUGGGCGCUUUCUCAGACGUGCUCAUGAAGCAGCAAGUGAUGGCAUCCUCGGACCCCGACCUCGAAGACUUUGCUGCGACAGAGGACGAUCGCCUGGACUGGCCAGGCAAGGCUUCGGAGGCGGCGGUGCGGCGAGUGGAGGAGCUUCAGCCACUGUCGCGACAGGUCCUGCCGCGGCACGGAUCCUUUCUGUCCUUGCUCCAAGGCCCCAUGGAGCUGGAUCCGCAACACCGGAUGGACGCUGUGACCGGUUGCAAGUCGCCAUUCUUCCUCGAAGAGGCUGUGCCGAGUGUCAGGUGCAUGUUGGCACACAUGUUGCUCUCUGCGUUUGUGGUGCAGGUGGUGGAAUGA